CCUAAAUGCAUAAUUCAAAAGUUUCAGAGAAAUAUGUUCCAUGGAUUUGAAGAUUAUUGGCUUCCCCCCGACCAACCCGAGAAUGAUCAAACAAGAAAACCUUCUUUUUCAAGUCUCAACCUUUCUCCCGACUGGCCUUAUUCAGGCCAAUCACUGUACACAGAAUCAGACAGAAGUCCUGGAAAUGAAGCCGAGAGUUUAAAUCUGAAAUCUGAAAUUAUGGUAUUCACACAAGAUCUGAAGCCUCACAAAUUAAGAAAAAGUCCAGAAGAGCAUAACUGUACAGUUUGUAGGAACUGGCAGAAUAAACGAGAUCAACUGCAGAGUAAAGACGAUGAACUGCAGAGUAAAGAAGUUGAACUGCAGGAUAAAGAAGAUAAACUGCAGGAUGAAGAAGAUGAACAACAGAGUAAAGACGAUGAACUGCAGAGUAAAGAUGAUGAACUGCAGAGUAAAGACGAUGAACUGCAGAGUAAAGACAAUGAACUGCAGAGUAAAGAAGUUGAACUGCAGGAUAAAGAAGAUGAACAACAGUGUAAAGACGAUGAACUGCAGAGUAAAGACGAUGAACUGCAGAGUAAAGACGAUGAACUGAAGAGUAAAGAUAAUGAACUUCAGAGUAAAGACGAUGUAAUGCAGAGUAAAGAAGUUGAACUGCAGGAUAAACACGAUGAACUGCAGAGUAAAGACGAUGAACUUCAGAGUAAAGAUGAUGAACUGCAGAGUAAAGACGAUGAACUGCAGAGUAAAGACAAUGAACUGCAGGGUAAAGAUGAUGAACUGCAGAGUAAAGACGAUGAACUGAAGAGUAAAGACGAUGAACUGCAGAGAAAAGACAAUGAACUUCAAAGUAAAGAUGAUGAACUGCAGAGUAAAGACGAUGAACUACAGAGUAAAGACGAUGAGCAGCAAAGCAAAGACGAUGAACUGCAGAGUAAAUAUGAUGAACUGCAGAGUGAAGACGAUGAACUGCAGAGUAAAGAAGUUAAACUGAAGAAUAAAGAAGAUGAAUUGCAGAGUAAAGAAGAUGAACUGCAGAGUAAAGAAGCUAAACUGCAGAGUAAAGAGGAUGAACUGCAGAGUAAAGAAGAUGAACUGCAGAGUAAAGAAGUUAAACUGCAGAAUAAAGAGGAUGAACUGCAGAGUAAAGACGAUGAACUGCAGAGUAAAGAAGUUAAACUACAGAGUAAAGACGAUGAACUGAAGAGUAAAGAUGAUAAACUGCAGAGUAAAGAAGAUGAACUGCAGAGUAAAGAUGAUGAACUGCAGAGUAAAGACGUUGAAAUGCAGAGUAAAAAAGUUGAACUGCAGAUUAAAGAAGUUGAACUGCAGAUUAAAGAAGAUGAACUGAAAAGUAAAGAAGAUAAACUUCAGAGUAAGGAAGAUGAACUGAAGAGUAAAGAAGAUGAACUGCAGAGUAAAGAAGAUGAACUGCAGAGUAAAGAAGAUAAACUGCAGAAUAAAGCAGAUGAACUGAAGAGUAAAGAAGAUGAACUGCAGAGUAAAGAAGAUAAACUGCAGAGUAAAGAAGAUGAACUGCAGUGUAAAGAAGAUGAACUGCAGAGUAAAGAAGAUGAACUGCAGAGUAAAGAAGAUAAACUUCAGAGUAAAGAAGACGUACUGCAGAGUAAAGAAGAUGAACUGCAGUGUAAAGAAGAUGAACUGCAGAGUAAAGAAGAUGAACUGCAGAGUAAAGAAGAUAAAUUAAAGAUCCAAGAAGAAGAAUGUUUGACCCAAUUAAAUGAUAUAAAGAACCAGAAAGAUGAAUUUGCCAGGUUUAAGAUUGAGUUUACAUCUCUAGAAGAGGAAUUAAGAUCUGAAAGAAGAGAAUCCUUUUCAAUGAUGGAAGAAUUGAAACGAUCUCGAGAAGAAAUAUUUUUUUUGAAGAAACAGAAUAAGGAGAUUGAGGACAUGAUUAAUUUAACCCCUGAGUGUCCUCCUCCUCCUCCACCACCACCACCUCCAACCAACUUCUUCUCCAAUCUCAAAUCCCAGAUUAGAAGGAAAGCAAAAAGAGCUAAAUCAGUUCCAAAUGAUAUUCACCAUUCAGUUGAUAGCAGAGGUUCCUGUAUGGUACUAAAUGAGGGUGUACUGGAUGCGAUCAAAAACCGGAAAUACAGUUUAAAACCAGUCGAUACACAGAGUAUCUGGGCUGCAGGUUCAGCUCAGAGAAAAAGUGGUUGGCAGCUGAACAGUCUAGAUUUUGAUAUCUCACAGAUUUUGUCACGGAGGUUGGCUAUGGGAUAUUUUGAUGAUGAUGAUAAUAAAAGUAUUAAAAGUGUGAGGUCCAACGGAACAGUACACAGUUUUGGAUUGGAAACCAAAGACGACUUUUCAAUGCCGCCUUUGAUAAUGGGAUAAUGGGAGUUCAGAGAAGAAGCUGCCGGGUGAUCCGCAAAGAUUGAGAAUUAAAUUUCGGCUCACCCCAAAACAAAUGCGUACAGUCGUCUCUAAUGUCUCUUAAUUAAUCUUCUUAAAUUCAUCCUUUUCAAAAACGAUAAUUUUCAAAAAUGAUCAUUUUCAAAACAAUCAUUUUGUUUACAGAUUUUGUUCAUUAUUAACAAAUUGAACACUUGAAAUUGCGCUUUUUCGAUAAAACUUAUCCCUGUUAAUUUGGCUUUUUCUUCAUGGAGUACUGAACACUUUCACAAACUCUAAAUAUCCCAAUAUGUGUCAGACCUUUUCUCUAUAUGAAUAUUCUGUUAUAUGUUUUAAUUAAUUAAUUAAUUCAAGGUUUGCACCAUCAGGUUGCAAAGACAUAUUGGGUUUAAGGCGACUAAUCAGAAGAAGCAUACAAUACAGAAUGUAAAUAUGAAUUUAUAAAUCUGAAAUAUAUCUAUUCAAUUUCA